GGAUUUUGGGGCAAGAGUUCAACAGUUCCCCCGCACAGAGAAACCACUUUGGACUUAUUCUUAGGAGGUUUUGGAGGAUUCCAGGACGUUUGAAGAGAGACGGUUUAGGUGGAAUGUACACACUUCGAACGGAGCUAAGGAUUCACCGCGGAAUGUCUGCCAUAGUUUUUAUUGGGCUACAAAGUUUUUUACGCAUACCCCUAGUGUAAUUCUGUCAAACAGGAGCAGUUUUGUUCGUCUCAUUUGGAACAUGCACUUUGGACGGAAUGACUUAAAGUUCUUCUGGUUGUGACUGGCAGCAAAAUGGGCCACCUAGUCGUUAGCUGAUAUUACUUAUGCCAUGUGAAAGGAUGGACCAUCCAAGCAGCCCCACCUGUGACAACAGUGACCCAAAUGGUUUCGUGAACCGUGUGUUCAACGUCUCCCUGGACGUGGAGAAGGAAACAGGGAUCAUGCGGGUUCAGGAGGCCAAGCCCGGGGAGCUCGAGGCAUCCCCCCCUCCGACCCCGGUGAAGGACCAUCCGGAGGCCAUCCGGAGGCCCAGAUCCACCGGCAUCUGGAAGAUUCUUAACCGGCGCAGAACCGCCUCGGACCUGGACCGCCGGCCGCACUCCAUGAUCCUCCCCGGCGAGGCGUCCAUCCCGAAGCUCUCCUUCAUGGACAAGGUGAGGUCCUUCAAGAAGCUGAAGACCCCGACGUCUGUUUUCAGGGGCAAAGCGGGCAAACUGUCCAGCUCCAAGCUCAACAGCUCGCUCAGGGAUGAGCCCGAGGACGACAGCAACAUCUGCAGAGACUUUCCCUCGCCGCUGUACACCCACAGGAACACGCUCAGGAACCGUGGAAAGAGGCACUCCUACGCUGGUCACACCACCGACUUCGACGUCUCCUUCGAGGACAUUGACUUGACCCCCACCCCUGAGAACGAUCAAACACCUGUCAAACACGUGGCCAACAACCACAAUGGAUGCAAGACUUUGGAGAGGGUGACGUACACCAAGAAGGCACAUCCGAACAUUUCAAAUUGUAACAACUCCACACUCACAAUACAUGAGGAAAGGUCUGUGACAGAGAGUCCCAGGGUUACUGUGAGAUCUAGAAAGACAAAAGGUUCCGAAGUGUGGAGCUACUUGAGAAGGAUCUCCUUAAUGGGAAAAGGAGGUUCGGGGUUGUCUGACAAGAGUUUUGAAUCUUUGCACACACUAGACAAGACCAUUGACUCAGACUAUGGCUCAGUCGACUUUGAAUGUAUCAGAGAUUUUCAGCCUGCUCCAAAGCCCACAGGUGCCGAUGGCAAAAGCAGCCAUUUUGGUGGGCUGGUUCGCUUCUUCAACAGCAUGGCACAGACUGCACGUAAAUGGAAGAAUUCUUCGCGGUCAUUCUCACCGCCCGAUGAGGAGCGCUCGCCUGUCGGCUCCCCGCGGUCGCAGAGGCCACGGGACUUUCCCCAUGCCACGUCCAUGACCUUGCGGAGCGAGGACAAGGUGGAGUGCCUCUCAACAGGUUCUCACCUGUCUCCGGAUGGAAACCUGUGCGAGGCCUCACCUGCCAAGGCAGCGCCGGGCAGGUCCCCCCAGGUAAUCCUGAAGUCAUGGAAAGUGUACCCAGACUCACCAGGAGGGAGCAGUCGCCCCUCAAACCCCUCUGAGGGGUCAGGCUCGACUCUGACUCCCCUAAACUCCGCACGCACCUCUCUGGCCACUAUAGAGAACCAACCGAGGGGUGAUGUCACAGAGGGGGGCUCACUCUCUGAGGCAGAGAACCAAUCAGAGUGCAUCUCCCCUGAGGAAGUGGCAGACCUUACAGAAUCUGAGUUGGGUUCUAUGGAUAUACCGGUCUCUAUGGAGAAAAAUGAGUCUGUCAGCAACCAAUCAGCUCCAGAGAAAAAGGACUCAGUUCCUAACAGGGCAGCCGUAGCUGGUGGUUCUGAUGAGGUGUUUAUGACUCUGUCCCGCCCCCUGGGAGUGUCUCCUCGCGACCCCCCCUUCAGGGUCAUCCUGCAGAGGUGCCGCUCUCUGCCCCUGCCCCAGUACAACCCGGCUGAGUUGGUGCCGGUGCGACAGGAACACACGCUGCCUCAGACAGGCGAGCCUUUGGAGCAGACGGGUUCGGUCCGACUACGGAAUGGAAAGGCCAGUGGAGGUGGUGGUGGCGGGCUGAGACACAGAAAGGCCCUGAGGCCGGGAUCGGAACCGCUGCAGGUCAACAGUUUGAUCAGCGGAGGUUCAAUCGUCAGCGCAGAGGCAGUAUGGGACCAUGUGACCAUGGCGGACCGGGAGUUGGCUUUUAAGGCGGGGGACGUCAUCAAAGUCCUGGACGCCUCCAACAAGGAUUGGUGGUGGGGCCAGAUCGACGAUGAGGAGGGCUGGUUCCCUGCCAGCUUCGUGAGGGUCGAACCCCACCCUCCUCAGCCCCAAACAAAACAGGUUUUCUAUAUCAACCCUAUAGCAACUCCAAGGUUCCAAAGCACAACGGCAAAGCUCUGGGUCAACCAGGAGGAGACGGGUGCAGAGCCAGUGGAGGGGACCAGUGAGGUCCAGAACGGCCACCUGGACCUGGACUGCCUGACGCUGGGCCAGCCCCUUCAGAACCGGGACCAGAUGAGGGCCAACGUGAUCAACGAGAUCAUGAGCACCGAGCGCCACUACAUCAAGCACCUCAAGGACAUCUGUGAGGGCUACUUACGACAGUGCCGGAAGCGCAUCGACAUGUUCAACGACGACCAGCUGAAAGUCAUCUUUGGCAACAUUGAGGACAUCUACAGAUUCCAGAUGGGCUUCGUGCGGGAUCUGGAGAAGCAAUACAACACAGAGGAGCCCCACCUCAGCGAGAUUGGGCCCUGCUUCCUAGAGCACCAAGACGGCUUCUGGAUCUACUCGGAGUACUGCAACAACCACCUGGACGCAUGCAUGGAGCUUUCCAAGCUGAUGAAAGACGGCCGCUACCAGCACUUCUUCGAGGCCUGUCGGCUCCUUCAGCAGAUGAUCGACAUCGCCAUCGAUGGCUUCCUGCUCACGCCCGUGCAGAAGAUCUGCAAGUACCCUCUGCAGCUGGCUGAGCUGCUCAAGUACACCGCACAGGAGCACAGUGACUACCGUUACGUGGCGGCAGCUCUGGCUGUCAUGCGGAAUGUGACCCAGCAGAUUAACGAGCGCAAGCGGAGGCUGGAGAACAUUGACAAGAUCGCCCAGUGGCAGGCAUCCGUGCUCGACUGGGAGGGCGAUGACAUUCUGGACAGAAGCUCAGAGCUGAUCUACACCGGUGAGAUGUCGUGGAUCUACCAGCCUUAUGGGCGGAGCCAGCAGAGAGUCUUCUUCCUGUUUGAUCACCAGCUGGUCAUGUGUAAAAAGGAUCUGAUACGUCGGGACCUCCUCUACUAUAAGGGUCGCAUCGACAUGGACCGCUACGACGUCCGGGACGUCGUCGACGGCCGCGACGACGACUUCAACGUGAGCGUCAAGCACGCCUUCAAGCUGCACAGCAAGGACACGGAGGAGAUCUGUGUCUUCAUGGCCAAGAAGCUGGAGGAAAAGAUACGCUGGCUUAGGGCUUUCCACGAGGAGCGCAAGAUGGUGCAAGAGGACGAGAAAAUCGGUUUUGAAAUCUCAGAGUACCAGAAGCGGCAGGCGGCCAUGACUGUGCGAAAAGUGACUAAACAGAAAGAUUCAUUUAUAGAUAUCAUCUUGAAAAAGAGGGCCUUAUUAUAUGGACAUGCUGUAAGCCAAAACAGGUAUGUGCCCCCCGGUACCCCCUCCCCCCAGGACCCUCUGCCUCAAGGACAGUUCAUGUUCUCAGACAACAUGGCACAAUCAGAGGUGUUUGAGUUCCCGCAGGCCAGAAGGAACCAGACGCCCUUCUGGCAAAAUCUCAGUAGGUUAGCACCCUUCAAAAAAUAGCAAAAAGAGGAAAAAAAAUCCCCAAAGGAACUAUUUUAGAUGGACCACCAUUUUUUUUUUUUUCCCUGAAUUUCUGAGAAGCACUGUCGUACAUCAGAUGCUAUUUUUGUUGUUUUUCUUUUUGUCAUUUUUCUUGUGUGUGUGACUGAUUAAGAAAAAGAAACUCAAAGUGCGGAUGACGGAUGCGCACUCUGUGUGAAGGACUAUCAGAUACAUCAGCUGACACACAGACGCAUCAGAGAACUACUGUACCACUGUAACUGACAUCAUGGCUGCCACGAUAGCCACAACUCACAUGCUGACUAUCCACUGGAAUCUGUGAGCUUACCCCUUACCCUGCCAUUUUAUGUGAAUGUGUUGUAAUUAUUCUUACUACUGUUAUUAUUAUUAUUAUUAUUGUUAUUAUUAUUUAUCAUGUUUUUUUUUUUUUGCUUCUUGGCUCUACUGAGGGAAUGUUGACAGUAUGGAAGUAAUGAUCAAUCAUCAUCUCUGACAAAUACGUACACUUAACAGAAUUAACAGAACACACACCCAGACACAUGCGCACACGUAAACAUACAAUCGCCACACACGCUUGACAGAGGGGCAUUAGCCCCAACCUAAGAACAUUAAUAAAAAAGUGCUAUAUAAUUUCCAAUCUUCCACUAUGGGGGCUCUGGACAGUGGCCCUUAGAAGAAUGAUCCAGAUAGGCAGCAGAAUCCCUUAGUCAUCCUUCUCUGCUUCCUCACAAGUGAUAUGCUCAUUAGCAAUUUUGUUCAUUUGUCUGUCUGUUUUUUUUUGUUGGCUUUUCUUUGUGAGACAGCGAUGGGCUAGCUGGUUUAAGUUUUUUGAUGGUUUCCUCUGUUCCAUCUCUGUAAGAUUUCCCAUAUUUUUUGGUGUGAGUUCAUUUCUGCAUGCUGAUGGACCGUCAUUUGAGGAGUAUGGCUCGUGGGUUGUGCUGUGCUGUGCUGUCCAUGGAUCAGGGAACAACUCAAUUGCUUGGGAACACACACACACACGCACACACACACACACACACACACACACACACACACACACACACACACACACACAGACACACUGUUCCAAAUGCUCUUUACAGGGUAUUUUCUUUAAAGCAAGAAAAGAGUGAAUUUUAUAAACUUUCAUGAAGUAUAACCGCCGAAGCCAAAUUUGUUUUUCUGUUGUCCCUGGUUUUGGUACAGUAACAUGUACACAAACAUCCGGCCAUCAAUUUCUAAGGUGAGGUCUGAACUACUGAUCCCAAAAUACAUUUUGCUCAGUCUACAAACUGUUGUAAUAUUCUCUUAAUGGCUCCUGUCAGUAUUGUAUAUGGCUUUGUUGUUGACCGUUCCAUAUGGUUAAACUCUGCGGUAAAGUCCUUGUUGAUUCACAGAAGCUUACGCUAAGAAAAGGAAUUUCCAGAGAGUACUUUAAAAACAACACAAACCAGAAGAUGAAGAAAAAAAAUAUUAAAAUAUAUUAAUAUAUAUUUCUAUUAUUGGAUCACUAAAGUUUAAUAAGCACAGCCAGAGACACAAUUUUGAAACUUUGUAUUUAAUUUUUUCGUUUGUUUGUUCAUUUGGAACAUUACGUAGUAUCUGCGCUAGAGUCUAUUUAACAUGAUAAUUUACAGAUAAAUAAAUGAACAGUAUAUACAAACCCA